GAAAAAUGAAGAAGUUCCAGAAUUUACAGGGAAUUUAACUAAAGCUGUCAACGAGAAACAACAACAAGUCACUCAAUCACCUGCAACAAUCUCUGCCAUUGUCAAUAUAUUAACUACCAUUGCACAAGUUUCAAAGAACGUAGAAGAAGGCGUCAUGCAGGAUGUAUUGAAAACUGUUGAUGUCCUCAUUAGUGACAAUGCMAAGGAAUCUUGGAGCUUUCUGAAUACAGGUGAAACCCAAAAUUCCAGCUCACUAUUGCUGUUUUCAAUGGAGACAAUUUCAGAAAGACUGAAUGGUUCAUUUACAAUAACUACUCAACGGAUUCAGCUCAAGAGAACCAAAUUUACAGACCCGAUCAGUGAUGUACUGAACUCYACAGUUACUAUAGAAAUUCCAGAAACAGGUUUCGACAAUACAUUUAUCACCACCAUUCUUUUCUCCUCCUUGGAAAACGUUAUGCCACCACGGACCUCUGCAUUUAACUUCAGCCUUUUUAAUGAAACCAGCAAUGAAACUUACCCCGAGAAUGUYAUCAAUGCUGCUGUUCUGCUUGUCAAAAUAAAUGAAGCAGUUCACAAUGUCAGCUUAAGCUACAACAAGCUCAAUACCACCCUGGAACUGAAUCCUCAGUGYGUCUUCUGGAAUUUUASUCUCUUAGAUAAUCUUGGUGCCUGGGAUGACCAGGGCUGUGAGUUUGUUUCUGAUAUAAACGAUACUGUGACCUGCACCUGCAACCAUCUCACAUCGUUCUCAAUUCUGAUGUCAACUGGCAUCCCUGAAAAACUAAGAWUAUUACUGGAUAUAAUGACAUAUWUCGGAGUUGGAAUAUCAAUGGUCAGCUUAGUUAUUUGUCUCAUCAUUGAAGGAAUUGUAUGGCGACCCCUUACCAAAAACAGCACUGCCUUUAUGCGCCAUGUUGCCAUUGUUAACACAGCCCUGUCCUUGCUGAUUGCUGACAUCUGUUUCAUCAUUGGGGCCGCUAUUUCAAAGAACCCCAAAGAAAACCCAGGCGAGGACUACAAAGUUCCAGUUGGACCAUGCAGUGCAGCAACCUUCUUCAUGCACUUUUUCUAUCUCGCCAUGUUCUUUUGGAUGCUCGACUCAAGCCUGCUGCUGUUGUACCGGUCAGUCAUGGUCUUCUCCCAAAUGUCCAAAUGGACCAUGUUCGCCAUUGGCUUGACUGUGGGAUAUGUUUGCCCUCUGAUCAUUGCUGUUACUACAGUAGCUGCCACUGCACCUGGGGGUGGAUAUGUAAGGGAAGAUCAAGCUUGUUGGCUAAACUGGACAAAGUCCAAGGCCCUCCUGGCCUUAGUGAUCCCUGCUUUGGCCAUAGUUGUGUUCAAUAUUUUGGUCAUUCUGGUGGUUUUGUACAAGAUGCUCAGAAGACGAAGCACAAACCAGGCAGAUGAGAAACACGCCUUGGUAGUCAUUCUAAGAUGUGUGGCUAUACUGUCUCCGUUAUUCGGACUGACGUGGUGUUUGGGAAUUGGAACCAUGGUGGACCCAACAAAUGGAGGGAUCCAUAUUGCCUUUGCUUUCUUCAACUCAUUGCAGGGUUUCUUUAUUUUGGUGUUUGGGACUUUGUUUGAUUCCAAGAUCCGAUCCCUGAUUUUAAGAAAAAUACCAGCUCUAAGCACGACGUCCAAUCGAACAAGAAGCACCAGUGGUGGAACUUCAGCUCUGAGUAGCGUUUUUGGUCGACGUCGCAGAGGAAGGAAUGGUUACAACGUUUCACGGGUUGGAAACUCAAACACCAGCAGUAGUGGAUUGGAUUCAUUUGCCAACACCUGAUUCUGUACAAAUAAUCUGUUCACUUGUAAAGCUGAAGUGUAUUUUAUCUUUCAGUUAUUUUUAUUCAGUCACAUAUACAUGUAUGAUAUCUAGAACAUAAGGUUCAGUGGCAAUAAUUUGUGAAGGAAACUGUGCAGUAGCAUUUUAAUUAACUUGUACGUCUUUAAAUGCAUAACGUUGCUGUUAAUUUUAAUUAUAAGUGUAAAAUCACAGUGUAAUGGUUUGUAUGUGCAAUUCAAARGGCAUUCUAAGGGAAAACAACAUAAAAAAAAGAUGAUUAUAAAAGAGUUCAUUGGGAAACAUAUUUACUAUUCUGUGACAUCACGGGAAUAUCAGUACUUUAAAAUAUUUCUGUGCAGAGAUGAAUAGAGUCUUGCAAGCAACGAUAUCUACAAAUAUUCUAUCAGGAGUAAUGGGCCAAAGUUCUAGCAAACUCUUACCAGAAGAUUGAGGAAGGAAACCCAAAACACUUGACUCAAAUCUUAGGAGUUAAAAGAAAAGCUGCCUAAUGCUAUGGAAAUACACUUAACAAAAGUAUAAACACCCCAUGUCGAAUACAAGAGUUUUAUGAAUAUUUGGGUUAUGUAAUAUAUAGAGAAAUUCAAAGUAUAUUUUCAUUAAUUAUCAAUCUUCAUAUUGACAUUAAUAACAUCAUGGUCUGACCAUUUGUAGUGGAUUGACAGUCCUUUGAACAUGAUAGGGGACAGGUUGAGGAAUUUGAUUUUGACCCAGUUGGCUUCUGGUGGUUAUGGACAGUCUGAGGUGUGAUGUGUCUGUUGUGCUGACCAAUAGUCUCAUCGGCUGUGUGUGCCGCUGGUCUUAGCCGAUUCUGCAGAUGUGGCGAUCUUGUGUUGGAGUGGUCACACAUGGCCGACGAGGAUGAGGUCGAGUAGUGCCAGUCUGUUGGAAACAAACUCUUAAAGACCUAUGGGAAUUGGCCUUUAAGAGUUUGAGCCGUGCUGCUACUGCUCUACUGGACAUCCCUGCAUCCAACAUGCUGAUGGCACACUCCUACAUAACUAGUGACAUUGAGGCAAACGAC